AAGGGUCCACCCGCGAUGGAGGAGGUUGUGGUUGAUUUUAAAAUUCUUAACCGACUCGGGUAAUAAGCAUUUCUAGCACUGAAUCGUGGUUACAUUCGUCUCGGAUGCGUCACCGAAAUCAAUUUACAGUGAAGGCCUGGGAGAAAGCCGUUCAAAGAUGCUUCCAAGAGGGGGACAAUGGGAAGUAAAAGUCCCCCAUAUCUCACUUUUCCCUUACCAGUGUUCCCCGCCCGUUUUGCCACUUUCAGGUAGACAUUUCGUGUAGCUUUUAUAAAGAUACAUUCUUUCAAAGUGUCAGCGGUUAGAAACAUGGCGCCUCUGUGAAACUGUCUCCCUCUGUGAUCUUCUGGAACCUAUUUUAUGUCAAUGUACAAUACAGACGAUUCUAGCUUGGUUUAUACUUCAUUUAAGUCUCCAUAUGUUACUAAAGGAACCACUGGGAUCUGUUUAUAAAUCACGAAACUGAAUCUUGUCAUGCUAAGUAACAUUCGACAGAAAAAGAAAAAAGAGGCUGUGCGCAGACUAUCACAGGGUUCUGGAGCAGUUCACAAUCAUGGUGGUUCCUUCUCCUCACAAGCUCCAGGGCAAUGGCCACAACGGAGAAAAUUCUCAGACCAACAACAAAUGAGAAGACAGCAACCAGGUGGGCAAAGACCAGCCAAGAGAAGCCAUGCUAGUCCACUUGACCGAGAUCCCUCCGUUAGUGGUAACACUGAUGCAAAGGCAAUUAAACCGGCUGGGACGGCAAGUUUCACUUUUCGUAGUGUGCAAACCUCACUGAGCAGUCAGGCAUCACAGUUAACACACAUAACCAGUGAUACUUCUUCGUCAUUUCCAGCAGCACCUGUAUUUGGGACUGGGUUUAGUUCUGCAUCCAAUCUUCAACAAAGUGCAGGAGAAGCUGUAGUUCCGUCCACCAGUAGCAUUUUUGGUUCAGGGUUUGGGAAGAGUGAACCUAAGGCAGGUGUCUCUGUGACUACAGCACCCUCUAGCAUCUUUGCAACAGGUUCACAGACAACUUCAUUCAUCGCACCAUCCCAAGCUUUAACUCCUGUCUUUGGCACAGUUUUCAACAAGAAUGCUGCCUUAACUUCCAUGAAUGCAUCUCUGGCAAGCACGUCUAGCUCUAGUAAUCUUUUCAGUCUUGGUGCAGCAGUCCAACAGUCACCCUCUAGCAGCUUAACCUUUGGUAGUUUUAGCAAUCUGGGAUCCUCUGGCUCAACAGAAGUCUCUUCAAGCAGCAGUUUUGGUGGUGCUAAUGGAAGUGAAACUACUGGCGACAAUGCUACUUCACCUUUAACAUUUGGAGCAUUGCCUAGGCCGUCAUUUGAGGUUAAAUCAAGUGACUCAAAACCUUUGUUCCCAAUAAUGUCACAAUCUACUUCAUCAACGUUUGGUGCAGGGAAUGCAAACAAGCCACAGACAGGAACAACAGGACAUUUUGGCCGUGCAUUUGCUGCAGCAACAGCAGGUCAGAGGGCAAAAGAAAACAAGGAAAAAGUAGCAGAGGAGAAAAUAAGAGGCUUAGACACCUCCAAUUUGACAGCACUGCUCAUCAAAGAUAUUCCGGAAGCAUACAACAAGAAUGCUUGGUUGAGGAGGUUUUAUUCACGGUUUGGUGAGGUGACAAAGGUGUUGUGUAGUGCAGCCAAGAAGAGUGCAUCAGUGGUUUUUAAAACUCAUGAAGCUGCAGAGUUAGCUAAGAAGAAAGGCAGAAUUCUGAGGCCUAGUUUGCCUCCUGUGGUAAUUUUCUGGAAGCAGCAAGGGAGUCGUCGGAGUACGACAUCAGAGAGUGAUCGACAGACCAAACCAAGCCCAGAUGCUGACAAGUUGAGUGGUAGAAUAUUGCGCAGUCCAGAGAAAAGCAAGAAGGUUUCUAAACAGAUUGAAUCAUCCCAGGAACAGGGUGCAUGCAGCAUGAGAAGUUCAGAAGUUCUAAGGGAUAUUCAAGAAUAUUUAAACUCAGCACAACCAAGUGAAAAUGCAGGAGAAAAACUCCAAGUCUUAGAAGAAAUUGACAAAAGGCUCAGGCAAGCAUACAAAAGGUCAUCAGAUAUCAGUUCUGCAAAAGCUGUUGUUGGAACUUGCAAAGACAUGUGCCCAGAGAAGGAGAGGUACAUGAGAGAAUAUCAGAGACGACUUAGUGUGUUUGAGUCUGUUCCUGGGACAGGCAGUAUUGAUGAAAAUCCUCAAGUUGAUCACACUUGUGCUAUUAAAGAGUAUGACAGAUCAGCAGCUGACAAGGAAGAGCCAUUGCCACAUGAGCUUCGUCCUGUCCCAGUUCUGAAAAUGACCAUGGAUUACCUGGCAACGACUAUCAUGGAUCAAGUGGAAGGCAGAGAAGGAGAGUGGUUUGACUUUGUCUGGAACAGAACCAGGGGAAUCAGAAAGGAUAUUACUCAGCAGCAUUUGUGUGACCCUGAUUGUGUUGAUCUUGUGGAGAAAACAGCAAGGUUUCAUAUCCUUUGUGCUCAUUAUCUGUGUGAGGCAGACAUGAACUCUUUUGAUGCAAAGAUUAAUACUGAAAACUUGACCAAAUGCCUGCAAACAUUGAAACAGUUUUAUGGAGAUCUUUAUAAGGACAAGGGAAUAACAUGCCCACAAGAAGCAGAGUUCCGAGCUUAUGACAUUUUGUUGAAUUUGAAUGAGGGCGAUAUUUUGAGGGAAGUUAUGACAUUGCGAGAUGAAGUCCAAAAGUCAACGGAAGUCAAGUUUGCGAUGGCUGUUUUCCAUGCUUUGAACAGCAAUAAUUUUGUCAGAUUUUUUCGACUUCUCAGAAAUGCGAAGUACCUCAGUGCUUGCCUAUUGCACCGUUACUUUACACAGGUUCGCAGCAGAGCUGUUCAGACGUUAAACCAUUCUCUAAGCAUCGCUAAUAGGACAACUCCAUUCCAGUUGAAAGAGCUGGUAGACAUCUUGGCUUUUGAAAGCGAUUCUGAGGCUGGUGAAUUUUGCUCGUCUCAUGGUCUAUCCGUCACAGAAGGAUCAGUGAAUUUUGCUCGGUCUUCAUUUAUUGAACCCGAGACAAGGCUGUCAGUGAAACGAGCUUGGAGAUUGAUAGAAUCUAAACGAAGCUGUUCUCUUGGCGAGGUGGUCUACAAUGGGCCCCUUCCACCUCCCCCACAUCAUCAACCAUGCCUCAGUUUCAGCGAAGAUGGCCGCUUCAUUGGCGACACAAUGGAGCUGCUUUCUGUGUUCAGCGAAGACGAGGCCUCCCCUUCAUUAGCAGCAGAUCAGGGUAGAGCGCAGCCAACAUUUGGUACCAGUUCUUCCGCGGUUCUGUUUUCUGGGAGGCAGACAGCACAGCCGGACACCUCCGAUAGAAACUUGUCAGUUGUAUUGACGGCUUCCUCUCGCUCAGUGUCAACUCUGCCUGGAAUUCCAGGACAGUCUGCUCAAAGGCCGUCCAUUCAGGUUUGCUCCCUUCACAGAAUACAUAUCUCUUACCGACCGAGUUCGAGAUCCGUAUUGUAAGUUAUGGACCUACUUUUUCCCCUCUUCAAUUUACAGCCCAAGCGCGAAGCGAGAAUUCAAUAGAAAGGCGAGAAGAAGAAUUCUUUGUGAGCACGCAACCACUGUUAAGGUCAUGAAACCAAGCUUAUUGACAUGGCAAAACUGAAAACCUACGUAUGCGAGUGUAGGGGAGAUUCGGUAGCGGAUACUGUUUUUGACU